GCGAGUGGGACGGAGAGACUUGUGGAGCAGCAGAGGGGAGGAGGAUAGGAGGGGAAGGAGGAGGAGCAGAAAGUUCCGGAGGAGAAAAAAAAAAAAAAGUUUGAAAGAAGAAGAGAGAGGUUUCCAGUGGGUCGGCUCGUCGGCGAGGGAACAAGCGAGCGGAGGCUGCGAAGCGGAGGCAGAAAACGGACCAACGUCUGCGCGCGCGGGGAUUUUACUGCUGCCGGGGAGUCGCUGGGCACGCGCCUGCCCCCUGUGUGCGUCGUCGGGCGGAUUACAUGAGGCUGACUUCACGAUGAGGAGCGACCCUGUUCUGUUCACUUCCAGCCGGGCGAUGGAGGAGCUGGUGUGUGAGCUCCGUCUGUUCCUGGACCUGCUGGACAGGGAGUACCUGAGUGCCGGGGUCCGGGAGAAGAAGAUGCACCUCUCCAACAUCCUCCACAGAGUCCUCUCUGACAAAGAGCCUUCGUUCAAGUCAGAGAUCCACAGCGGACUGCCAGCCCCACCUCAGAUGCCCCUACCUGAGAUUCCUCAUCCCUGGCUGCCUCCAAACAACGGCCCCCCUCCCCUGCCCAGCUCCUCUCUACCAGAAGGAUACUACGAGGAAGCAGUCCCUUUAAGCCCAGGAAAGGCUCCUGAAUACAUCACCUCCAACUACGACUCCGACGCCAUGAGCAGCUCCUAUGAGUCGUACGACGAGGAAGAGGAGGAUGGGAAGGGCCAGAAGAUGCAUCACCAGUGGCCGUCUGAGGAGGCGUCCAUGGAUCUGGUGAAGGACGCUCGCAUCUGUGCAUUCCUGCUGCGCAAGAAACGCUUUGGCCAGUGGACCAAACUCCUCUGUGUCAUCAAAGAUAACAAACUGCUGUGUUACAAGUCCUCCAAGGACCACACCCCCCAGAUGGAGCUGAGCCUGUCUGGGUGCAGCAUCACUCACAUCCCCAAAGACGGCAAGAAGAAGAAGCACGAACUGAAGAUCGUCCACCAGGGGGCCGACGCCCUGGUGCUGGCUGUGCAGAGCAAAGAGCAGGCUGAGGAAUGGCUCAAGGUGAUGCGAGAGGUCUGUGUUAAUGGCAGCGUAGACUCGGACGGAGUUGGAUCUGGAUCGCCUGUGCACAGACCUGAACUGGAAAAGAAAGCAUCGUGUGACAGGCCGAGCUCCGACGGAGAGGUGACCCACGAGAACGGGCACAGCGACUGCAAGGACCAAGGAAAAGGGAAGAAGAACUCUAAGUCUGAGCACAAGACCGGGACGGUGGGGAAGGGUGCGGGGAAGAAGAUCACCAAGAUCAUCGGGCUGGGCAAGAAGAAGCCGUCUACAGACGAGCAGACCUCGUCGGCAGAGGAAGACGUACCCACGUGUGGCUACCUGAACGUGUUGUCCAACAACCGCUGGCGGGAGCGCUGGUGCCGCCUGAAAGACAACCAGCUGCUCCUCCACAAGGACCGGGACGACUUGAAGAGCCACAUUGCCUCCCUGCCGCUGCGGGGCUGCGAGGUCAGCCCCGGCCUGGACCAGAAACACCCCUUUGCCUUCCGCCUGCUCCGCAACAGCCAAGAGGUCGCGGUGCUGGAGGCCUCCUCCUCUGAGGAGAUGGGUCGCUGGUUGGGGGUUUUAUUGGCCGAGACUGGCUCCACCACCGACCCAGCCACCCUGCACUACGACUACAUCGACGUGGAGACCACCGCCAACGUCAUCCAGCUGGCCAAGCAGUCCUUCUGUUUCACAAGUAAGCGUGCUGUCUCCCCUAACCCAUACCUGGACAACCCAGUCAACGGCUACGCCUGUCCCACUGGAAUGGCUUUACACUAUGAUGACGUGCCCAUUAACGGAAUGGAGCCCCAGGCGCCGUACUCCCGUCCCAGCACAGGGGGGCGCCAGCUGAAAGAGGAGGCGCACUAUGAGAACGCUGAACCCUAUGAGAACAUGCCCCCACCCAAGCUGGCCUCUCGCUAUCCUCCCAAGCCUUCCUCCUCUUCUGCUUCCUCUUCCUCCACCUCGGCCAGUCACUACAAAACCCCUGUUUCUAAAAUCUCUUCUAAGCUCCUCUCUGGCGAUGCUAAAACUAAAGGCACUGCUCAGCUGAAGGGAAAGAAGGGCCCAGCAACCAAUGGGGUGGCAUCAAAACAAAAGGCAGAGCCAAAGAACCAGUCCAAGAAGAACGGAGUCAACGGGACCAAUGGGACGGCCUCACUGAAACGCAACAACUCCAAUGCGGAGCAGUGCAAGUACGGAAAGAACCGCGUGGAGGCCGACGCCAAGCGGCUGCAGGCCAAGGAGGAAGAACUGAUGAAGAAGAAGCAGGAGAUCAGGAACCAUCUGACCCAGCUGAAGAAGGAGAGGAGAGACCUGCGCACUGCUGUGGAGGCCGCUGCCGGCAAACGCUCGCACGGCUCCCUGUCGGAGAGGCUGAAGAAGGUGGAGGAGGAUUGCCGGCAGAAGGAGGAGGAGAGGGUGAACCUUGAGCUGGAGCUGACGGAGGUGAAGGAGAGCCUAAAGAAGGCCCUGAGCGGAGGCGUCACCCUGGGCCUUACCAUCGAACCAAAAGCCGGCUCCCCCGGCCUCCAGUCCCCGGCGAUGCUGCGACGUACGCAGGAGUCGUCUCCCUUCUCCAGCUGCGACACCAGUGACACCGAGUCCUGCUCCCUGCCGGUCAACAGCGCGUCGCUGCUGCGCCGGCAGCACGCCGGUCAGAAGCCAUCGCCCGUCCGGGGACACGUCCUCAGGAAGGCCAAGGAAUGGGAGCAGAAGACUGGCACAUAAACCGAUCGCCGCCUCACAUCAGUCUUACUUUUAUUUUAAUUUUUUUUUCUUUCCAAAAAAUUGUCUAUAUAUUUAUUGAAAACUGUUCAUACAGUCGGAGAGUCGUUGAGGAGGACACAGUCAUAGCAUUCACGUGAACCCAAAAAAACUUAGGGGCUGCUUUUAGUAUACUGUAAGUACCACAGCAUAACGACAUAGCAACUCUUAUUGUUUUGAGCAUGCCUAGUGUACUAAGUUGUGCAACCUGUGUUGUCGGCUGCACUUUCUUUUCUUUUUUUAAGCAAACGCCAGUGUUGUUGUUGUUUUUUCCCCCCUACUCAGAAUCUGUUCCAGCAGUUUGGGCUCAAUAGGUCAAAAGUCAAAACCAAGUAUUUAUUUGUAAAUGUUUAAAGGAAAUACUAGCUGCCCUUUGUUUAUUUAUGUUGAUAUAUUUAAAGGGUUGGGGGGGGGGGGGGGGGUUGUAGGAUUUGUGACGCUCCACACAUUUCCAAUUUCCUACACAGUUCUCAUUCCUGGGUGUCAGCGUCAGCAAACAGAGUUCACGUUUGAGGGAGUAAUUAUGACGCACACAGGCUGAGUGACAAACCAGCUCUGCUUUAAAGGGCUUUUUCAAGAAGCAGAAUUAUCCUUCAUAUCAUUCAAAUAACCUGAAAACACGAUGAAACUAGAAUUGCACACGCAGAGUGUAUACUGUACCUCCAAGUGAACAGUCUCCUCAAAUUCAAUCAAGCCGCACCAAUUUUCAAUCAAUAAUAAAUAUCAGUCCCCUAAAUAUGUCAGAUAUUUUUUUCAUAAAUCUCCAUGCAUUAUUACCUGAGAUUAAAAUAUAUAUUUUUUUCAAAUAACCUAUCUCCCAAUGUUAGAGAAAGCAAUACAUUACUCUUUCUUGGCCCAUGUCCGAUCCUUCCACCAAGUUUUUUGUAGAAUUCUGCUGAGAACAAAGUAACUAAGAAACAGGACAGGGGUGAAAACAUAACCUUCCCAUUUUCUUUAAAGAAAAUUACGACCCGAGGCUGUGAUGGAGAAGAAUUGCACGGGAAUGGCAUGAACAGAUCUUAUUUAUUAUUGUUGGGUCAGUGCAAAAGGUUUUUAGUGACCACCUAUCUCACAUUAAACCUGUGUACAUUUACUUCCUGCACUCACUCCUGUAAUAGUUCUACUCAAAAAAACAUAAGGGAAAAGAAUUAUCGCUGAUACAGAUAUAUCGGCCGAUAUAUGUUUUUUAAUGUCAAUGAUUCCUCAGAUGUCGUUAUCAAACCCUUAUGACAAUUUGUAAUAGAGGCUUGAUAUUUUCCAUUUCAACCACAUUUAAAUAACUAUAAAUUAAAAGAAAACACAAAUACAACCAAAUAUAUAUAAAAAAAUUAGGUUUAAACAUGAAUGCACAUCUUUUCUGCAUUGGUUUUUCUGUCAAAUAAAAAGUUUUCAUACCAGCCGACAAAACGCAGAAGGCUCAUCUCAGCUGAUUUCUAUCGGCUGACAGAUACAUCAGCCGGGCUCUUGUCGGAAGUAGCUCAUAAAACUUAAUACGUGGUGACAAA